AAAAAAAAGAAAAGAAAAAGAAAGAAAGAAAAGGCAGAGCCCAGUAUCUACGGGCAGCGUUUCGGUCUCUGGUCCUCGCUCUCUUUUUCUCUCCCGCUCCGUUCCCAGCCCCUUCGCGUCUCUGCACCCUCAGUACCUGCCCGGCUCCGCGGCUCCUCGCAGCCUCCAGUCGCCUCCGUCCUGAUUGGGCGGAGACCCCCCAAUCGGCUGCGCGCCUGGGCCGGUGGGACUGCAUAUGUUAAGCUCUACUUCAUAUUAAUAAGCUCCAAUCGGGGCUUUAAGUCCUUGAUUAGGAGAGUGUGAGAGCUCUGGUCCCAACUGGCUGUGCCUAUAGGCUUGUCACCAGGAGAACAUUUGUGUUAAUUGCGCUCUGCUCUGUCAAGGAAACUUUGAUUUAUAGCGGGGGUGCGCAAAUAAUGGUUGCCGGUCGCACAUGGAUUCGGUAGAACUUUGCCUUCCUGAAUCUUUUUCCCUGCACUACGAGGAAGAGCUUCUCUGCAGAAUGUCAAACAAAGAUCGACACAUUGAUUCCAGCUGUUCGUCCUUCAUCAAGACGGAACCCUCCAGCCCGGCCUCCCUGACGGACAGCGUCAACCACCACAGCCCAGGUGGCUCUUCAGACGCCAGCGGGAGCUACAGUUCAACCAUGAAUGGCCAUCAGAACGGACUUGAUUCGCCACCUCUCUACCCUUCUGCUCCUAUCCUAGGAGGUAGUGGGCCUGUCCGGAAACUGUACGAUGACUGCUCCAGCACCAUUGUUGAAGACCCCCAGACCAAGUGCGAAUACAUGCUCAACUCGAUGCCCAAGAGACUGUGUUUAGUGUGCGGUGACAUCGCAUCUGGGUACCACUAUGGGGUAGCAUCCUGUGAAGCCUGCAAGGCAUUCUUCAAGAGGACGAUUCAAGGUAAUAUAGAAUAUAGCUGCCCUGCCACGAAUGAAUGUGAAAUCACAAAGCGCAGACGUAAAUCCUGCCAGGCUUGCCGCUUCAUGAAGUGUUUAAAAGUGGGCAUGCUCAAAGAAGGAGUGCGUCUUGACAGAGUACGUGGAGGUCGGCAGAAGUACAAGCGCAGAAUAGAUGCGGAGAACAGCCCGUACCUGAACCCUCAGUUGGUUCAGCCAGCCAAAAAGCCAUAUAACAAGAUUGUCUCACAUUUAUUGGUGGCUGAACCGGAGAAGAUCUAUGCCAUGCCUGACCCUACUGUUCCCGACAGUGACAUCAAAGCCCUCACUACACUGUGCGACUUGGCCGAUCGAGAAUUGGUGGUUAUCAUUGGAUGGGCGAAGCAUAUUCCAGGCUUCUCCACGCUGUCCCUGGCGGACCAGAUGAGCCUUCUGCAGAGUGCUUGGAUGGAAAUUUUGAUCCUUGGUGUCGUGUACCGAUCUCUUUCCUUUGAGGAUGAACUUGUCUAUGCAGACGAUUAUAUAAUGGAUGAAGACCAGUCCAAAUUAGCAGGCCUUCUUGACCUAAAUAAUGCUAUCCUGCAGCUGGUAAAGAAAUACAAGACCAUGAAGCUGGAGAAAGAAGAAUUUGUCACCCUCAAAGCAAUCGCCCUUGCUAAUUCAGACUCCAUGCACAUAGAAGAUGUCGAAGCCGUUCAGAAGCUUCAGGAUGUCUUACAUGAGGCCUUGCAGGAUUACGAGGCCGGCCAGCACAUGGAGGACCCUCGCAGGGCUGGCAAGAUGCUGAUGACACUGCCACUCCUCAGGCAGACCUCUACCAAGGCCGUGCAGCAUUUCUACAACAUCAAACUGGAGGGCAAAGUCCCCAUGCACAAACUUUUUUUGGAAAUGCUGGAGGCCAAGGUCUGACUAAAAGCUUCCCCAGGCAUCCUAUCCUGCACGCCGAAAAAGGGAAAAAUAAACCCAAGAGUGAUGUCAAAAAAAAAACUUAGAGUUUAGUUAACAACAUCAAAAAUCAAGUAAGACUGCACUGAUCAUUUAGCAGCAAGACUAUGAAGCAGCUUUCAGAUUCCUCUGUAUCCUCCUGAUGAGUUUUUUUCUACCUUAAUCUCAUCUUUUCUCUGUUUCUUUUGCUCUUUUUUUUUUUCCCCGCCCUAUUCUCUUUCUCCUUCGUUUCUUGCUUCCUUCAUGGCUGGUUCCCCACUCUCUCCUUUCCUUUCUUCCUUCCUUCCUUCCUUCCCUCCCGCCCUCCUUCCUUUCUUCUUCUACUUUCCUCCCUCUUUUUCUCAUUCUUCCCCUUUCUUUUAAAUUUUAAUAGCUCUGGUUAUAAGAAAAUGUUGCUGCUUUUCCUUUCUUUUUCUUUCCCUCCCUCCCUUCCUCCUUCCUUCCUUCCUUCCUUCCUUCUGCUGCUGAACUUUUAAAAGAAGUCUCUAAUUGGAGAGUGAUGGAAGCCAGCCCUGCCAAAGGAUGGAGAUCCAUAAUAUGGAUACCAGUGAACUUCUUGUGAACCAUAACAUCCCCAGUGACUAAGGAAUCAAAGAGAGAGAACCGCGGUACCUAAGAGUACAGUGCAACAUACACAAAUUGACUGAGUGCAGUAUUAGAUUCCACGGGAGCAGCCUCUAAUUAGACGACUUAAGCAACGUUGCAUCGGCUGCUUCUUAUCAUUGCUUUUCCAUCUAGAUCAGUUACAGCCAUUUGAUUCCUUAAUUGUUUUUUCAAGUCUUCCAGGUAUUUGUUAGUUUAGCGACUAUGUAACUUUUUCAGGGAAUAGUUUAAGCUUUAUUCAUUCAUGCAAUACUAAAGAGAAAUAAGAAUACUGCAAUUUUGUGCUGGCUUUGAACAAUUAUGAACAAUAAUGAAGGACAAAUGAAUCCUGAAGGAAGAUUUUUAAAAAAAAUGUUUCAUUUCUUCUUACAAAUGGAGAUUUUUUUGUACCAGCUUUACCACUUUUCAGCCAUUUAUUAAUAUGGGAAUUUAACUUACUCAAGCAAUAGUUGAAGGGAAGGUGCAUAUUAUCACGGAUGCAAUUUAUGUUGUGUGCCAGUCUGGUCCCAAACAUCAAUUUCUUAACAUGAGCUCCAGUUUACCUAAAUGUUCACUGACACAAAGGAUUAGAUUACACCUGCAGUGACUCUGAGUAGUCACAUAUAUAAGCACUACACGUGGAAUACAGAUCCGUAGAAUGAUCAUGAGUGCACCUCUCUACCUGGGAGGUCCAGUUGCCAUAGGAUUUCUAGCUGCCACGGUGGUUAGGAAUGAGUUGCUGCCUGUUUGCAGAGUUACAGACCUUUUCUCAGAAGGAGCUGUGAGCCAGUAUUCACCUAAGAGGCAAUAAGGCAAAUGCCAGAAUUUGAAAAAAAAAAAAAAAAAAAAAAUUU